AUGAACUUCGUCCGACAAAUGUCGUUAGUCAUCGUCGAGAAGCCAACAAAAACCUCAGGUGUCAACAGGUAUGACCAAGCACUCGAUGAAGAGCAAACACUUGGUAAUCAUUGUUGCUGCAAUUCAUUUGUCCAAAAGGAGUUACCCGAUGCUCAGCCGGAAGGAAGAAAUACGUACUCGCGUCGAGUGUGUCGAGACGAACGCAGAGAGAGAACGCAGCAACUGAGAACAGUGCAUCUGCCUUUCCACGAAGAAAUGGCGAUCCCAUUUGUAAUGCCGUCCGACGACGAAGCAGGAGACCAGGGACAGCGGUUAGAGCAACUGAUGCUUGAUCUGUACGCCGCAUUGCAACAGGUCCUCCGAAGCCGGGCCGCUCAGCAUGCAUCACGAAAUCGUGAGUCGAACGGUUUUUUAAAUCUCGUUGGCACCUAUCUCGAGAUUUUCCUACUUCUCCUUCUACAACGAACAAUGUAUCGCAAUGUAUACUGAUCUGUAUAAUCUGUCGCGUCAACUUGAGUUUAUAUCGUAGCAGAAAUGGACGAUCAAUCGACCAGCGUACUCUACGUGGUCAUGCGACUCGUUGUCACGUGGUAUGGCCACGUUUUUCUUAAUUUUUCCAUUUGGCCCCGGCGCUAUGGCUAAGAUGUGUCUAUGGGUUAGGAAACAAUCUUACCACGAUGCACUUUCGACGGCUUUUCAGGAAGACGCAUUCGCCGGAGACCGGGCAAUUAGAUACGAUUUCAUGAGAACCACGAUAUCGUCCGCGAGACGUUUUUCCGAUCGUCUACACAGAGGCUGGUGGAUCUAGUCGAAACAAAUAUAUUGAUAUGAAAUAUAGUUACACAGAGAAAGUUAU